UCCAGCUUAGCAGUCUGGAUUCUGAUCUACCCAAAAGACCACACCUUUACUUCACUCAGAGCUCCACUCUCACUAGCUCUCCAAAAUCCACAUCUCAGUUCAAAGUCCGUAGAGUGGCCAUAAACCCUUGUUACUUGUAUGGGUUGAGGCAGUCCACAUUGCUUCAACGGUCAGCUUCUAGAAGGUUGGUUUUGGGUGUCGGGGACGGGUGUAGUUAUCGUGUUCAGGAAUGUAGGCCGGACUGGGGUUGUUGUGAACUCCCUUGCUCGAUUAGGGAGAGGAAUGUGUGUGAUAGAAGGGGUAGGAGAAGGAAGGGGAGGUGUAGUUGUGUGGUUGAUGGGGAGGGAGGGGGUGGAGUUUAUGAUUCGGGUGAUCUUGAUGACGCUGAGGCUAUGCUCAGCUUGUUGAGUGAGGAAUUGGGUGGGGAGUGUUUUCUGAGAGAGAGAAAUGAGAUUUCGGUUAAGAGAGUGGAGAAGGAAGGUAGGAGGAUUUUGAGUGGUAGAGGGAGAAAUGUCGGUUCAUCAAAGAGAGGAGAAGAGGAGAGUAGGAGUUUGAUUGGUAGUGAGAGAAAUGAGAGUUCAUCUAAGAGAGCAGAAGAAAGGAGUUGGAGGAUAUUGAUUGAUCGAGAGAGACAUGCUGGUUCAUCAAAGAGAGUAGAAGAGGAGAGUAGGAGUUGUAGUGGUAGAGAGAGAAAUGCCGGUUCAUCUAAGAGAGUAGAAGUAGAGAGGGUGAGUGUUCGUGGUAGAGAGAAAAAUGGAAGUUCUUCUAAGGGAGUGCAAGUGGACAUCGAACCAGACAAUAGUAGUGAGUUUAACAGUAGGAAGAAGAAAAGCAAUGUUAAGGUGAAUACAUCAGAGAGUAAUUUGAAGCGCCAAUUUGGAUCAGCCACAGUUGAUUUGAGUGAAGGGGAUUUUAGACAGAAAGAAGAGAGGGAAGUGUUUUUGAGAGGUGAGAAUUGUAGGGGAAUGAAAGGAGGUUCUACUUCUUCUUAUUACUCUUUAUCAUCUUCUGGCGAUUUCGAAAGUGAGGCAGAUGCUCAGGAUAAGCACGGCUUCUUUGGGGAAUCAGCUUCAAGUGUGUACGAGGUCAAAUUUGAUAUUGGAGGUAGAUUUGGUGGGCAGGUCAUUGAAGAUUACAGGAAGUACAUGGAUGAUUCUGAGGGCAGAGGAGAAAUAACAACAAGAAACACUGCAGUUGAGGGUGGUGUCAUGUGGGAUUGGAGGAAGAAGACAGAAAAGAAGCUUACAGAAGUAGUAGCUGAAGAAGCUAAGGCUGGUGGGAAAUCGUCAGAGAUGAAUUCAAGAGUGUCGAAGACCAAUCAAAGUGAGUUCGGAGAGGCCUCUGGAUCCCGCAAGCAAUUUGACUAUGAGCAAGAGAAUUCAUACUUGACUAAGGGAACAAGAGAACAAUAUAGUCAAACACAGAACCAAGCUGUUGGUGUUGGCGUGAAUGAAUCUCGAAGAAAAUUUCAAGAACGCAACGAAUCAGAAAUCCGUGGAAGUGACGUUGAAACAACUUUCUUGUCCCAGGAGAGACUCAGAGAAAGGGAAGAAAACCUAGCGAUAGCUACAAACUUGGUGCAGGAAAGGCAAGAUGAACGUUACAACACAGCUGAAUAUACCAGUCAAAAUGAAGAGUUAAACAGAGACCACCAAAAGCCCUCAAAAAUUUCGCAAAUUCGAGUUAUUGAUGGAAGGAUCUCUGAUAGAAGGAGGGAGACUGAUAUAAGAAGGAUUUACCAGGAAGAAAACACAAAUUUAUUGCUGAGUUCAGCAAAUGAGACAGACGUGCAACGCCACAAAAUAGGUCAGCAGGUCAUUGGACUCGUCAACUUGGGAAGAAAGUCCCCACAAAUCACUGAAGUAUCAGAAAUUUGUGACAGUGGUAUUGAAGGGGCCAAUAUUGUCCAACCUGAAACUGGAAUUACGAACCAGGUACAGUCAAACUUGGUUCCUACUUCAGAUAGCACUACCAAUUCUCAAAGAAUCUCAAGGAAGGGAACUAUAAAUCAAGAAAGUGGUAUUAUAUCAACUGCUUCAUCAAUGGAGGAAACAAGGAGGAGAAAUAAUGAAACUGAUGAAAAUCGCAUGCAAGUUAAACUCAGAAAAGGGGCCCAAAGAGGCUCGGGAGAAGCCUCUAGUUUCCAAUCACCUUUGGAUGUGGUUUCCCAAGCUACAAUGCAACCGCAUAAUGUUGAGGGGCAUAAGAUAAGCCCACAGGCAAUGCUGCUGCCUCCCCCUUCUCAAUUGAUAACUAGAGGAUCGCUGCACACGGAGCCAUCAAGUGGGAUGGCAACUCAGGAAAUUUCUGAAGAAAUUCCGGAUAGUGGUUCACCUGCCUUGCAUACUCACUUGGGGAACCAAACUUCUGCUUUGCACCGAGAAUCAUCCAGUGGAAGUGGAAACUCCGAGACUCAAGGGGAGAUUUUAUACCUCAUUCCUGAAGAUGCUUUGGGUUCAACUUAUCGUUUGGAGAAAUCAUCUUCACAGUUUUUCGGGGAUUUUGUUCAGAAAGUAAGGCAUGAAGUCUCAACUUCUGAAAACCAGAACGAGAAUGCAGUUUCUGAAGCAAAAUUAGUAUAUGGAGGUGAGGUGUAUGGGGAUGGGCUAGGUACUUCGGUUUCGCUCCUAGAAUCAAGUAGCGGAAAUGGAAACACUCAGACUGAAGGGGAGAUUUUAUACCUUGUUAAUCCGGAAGAUGCUUUGGAUUCGGCUUACCGUUUGGAGAAGUCAUCUUCACAGUUUGUUGGGGAGUUCUUUGAUAGAGCAAGACAUGAAGUCUCAACUUCCGAAAAUCAGAAUGCAAAUACAGUUUCUGAAGCAAAGUUGGCGCAUGGAGGUGAGAAGAAUGGGCAAGUGGAUUCGAGUCAAAAUAGGUCUGAAGACUCUCAGAAAAAGGGAAAUGACUCAAGGCGUUCAUCUGGAGGUUCUGGAACCAAGGGGCCUGCUGAUGAAAUGUGGGAUGUAACAGACACAUCUGUUCUUAAAACCCCCAUGGCAGAAAAAUCAGAGGCUACUACAACAAGUGGGAGUACUGUUGUCAAGAGAACGGGCAGGUCCGUAUGGAACAUUGUUGCAGAUAUUGUUAGGCUGAGGUGGACUUCACAUGCUGAAACCCCUCAUUCCGCUGUGAAGUCAGGUGGAAGGACUUCAUCAAAUGAAUCUGCAAGUAGUGAGGCAUGGUUUUCUGGCCAUGAGACUGAGGACAACAAUGAAAAGAAUGCAAAAAGGGAUAAAGACGUGGAACAUCAGCUGCAACCGCCUAAAUCAUUUCCUCAAAGUGGAAAACUGAGAUCAAGGGACAAAGUAGGACAUCUUGAAGCAGGCACGCCGUCUUCUCCUAAUAAAGAAGAAAGUGGGUUGCCAUCAAAAGUCAUUUCCGCGUCUUCUAGUGAGGGAAUUUUACGUUCAAACGAGAAUCAAAAGAGUUUUCGAGGUUCUUCUUCUGGCAUUGAAAAAGUGGAGUCAUCUCAACCACUAAUUGCUAGUGGCGUAAAGUCUGCUGUUGUAGAAGAAAUUUCAAAUGCCGGUAACAUUGUCUCUGGAAGUGGUUCAAUGGAGCGCAUAGACCAAUUUGGCAGUCAGAAGUUGACCGAAGGAGUAUCAGACAAUGUGCAAAUGGGUGGGGAAUUGAAACAAAGGAGGUUUCAGAGGAAUAAGCAAGUCCUCAGAGACAGAUUUGACGAAUGGGCAGAAGCACAUACACAUGAAAUUGAACAAAGAAAAAUGGAUGAAAUGUUUAUGAGAGAAGCACUUCUCGAAGCUAAGAAGGCUGCUGAUAUUUGGGAGGUACCUGUCGGGGCUGUACUGGUACAACAAGGAAAGAUUAUUGCACGUGGAUGUAAUCUAGUGGAAGAAUUACGGGAUUCAACAGCCCAUGCAGAAAUGAUAUGCAUACGGGAGGCUUCUAACGUUCUCCGGUCAUGGAGGCUUUCGGAAACCACUCUGUAUGUAACACUUGAACCGUGCCCUAUGUGUGCUGGAGCGAUACUCCAAGCAAGAAUCGACACUGUUGUAUGGGGAGCUCCAAACAAGCUUCUCGGAGCUGAUGGCAGCUGGAUAAGACUUUUCCCUGAAGGGGGUGAAGGAAAUAGCUUGGAGCACUCGGACAAACCAGCUCCUCCUGUCCACCCAUUCCACCCAAACAUGACCAUCCGACGUCGUGUGUUGGCAUCGGAUUGUGCAGAUAUAAUGCAGCAAUUCUUCCAGCUGAGGAGAAAGAAGAAGGAAAAGCAGGCAGACCCGGCAGCAGCGGUCUCGCGUCCUCUUCCAAUUUCUCACCAUCCAUCAAAGUUACUUACAAAGAUGCAUGACAUCUUCCACAUAAUGUUCUGUUUGUGAGGGUUAGUACAAAGACUAUAGUUUGAUGAAUGUACAUAUCUGUGUUGAAAACUGUCCGUACCGUGGAUAAAAUGUAGUUCUCUCACCCUCCUUCCCUUAUUGUAGUCCGAAAGUUUUGCCUAGCUUAAUGAUUUCACUAGUGAUCAUCA